AGGAUGUUGAGGUUAACUUCAUUAAGCAUUAUUUUCUUUCUCUGUCUUGCUUUUAUCAACCAUCAUGGUGCUGAAGCAUGGAGCAAAGAGGGGCAUAUGAUGACAUGUCGCAUCGCGCAGGGCUUGUUGAAUGAUGAGGCAGCUCAUGCAGUCAAGAUGUUGUUGCCGGAAUAUGUUAACGGCGACUUAUCGGCCCUCUGUGUGUGGCCGGAUCAAGUCCGGCACUGGUAUAAGUAUAAAUGGACAAGCCCUCUACACUUCAUUGAUACACCAGAUAAAGCUUGCAACUUUGAUUAUGAAAGGGACUGUCAUGAUCAACAUGGAGUGAAGGAUAUGUGUGUUGCUGGUGCAAUUCAGAACUUUACUACUCAACUCUCUCAUUACAGAGAGGGAACUUCUGAUCGUCGAUAUAAUAUGACAGAGGCCUUGCUGUUCUUGUCACAUUUUAUGGGAGAUAUCCAUCAACCAAUGCAUGUUGGCUUUACAAGUGAUGCUGGAGGAAAUAGUAUUGAUUUACGCUGGUUUAGGCAUAAAUCGAACUUGCACCAUGUGUGGGAUAGGGAGAUAAUUCUAACAGCUGCUAAAGACUACUAUGCAAAGGAUGUAAACCUCCUUGAAGAAGACAUUGAAGGAAACUUCACUGACGGAAUUUGGUCUGAUGAUCUUGCUUCUUGGAGAGAAUGUGGCAAUGUCUUUUCUUGUGUAAACAAGUUUGCAACGGAAAGUAUAAAUAUAGCAUGCAAAUGGGGAUACAAAAGUGUUGAAGCUGGUGAAACUUUAUCAGAUGAUUAUUUCAAUUCAAGACUUCCAAUAGUGAUGAAACGAGUAGCACAAGGUGGAAUACGAUUAGCCAUGCUUUUAAACAACGUUUUUGGAGUUUCUCAACAAGAAGAUUCAGUUGCUGCAACUUAA